CGCCGCUUCCUCCAACUGUCUCAACAACACUGUGAGCGGGAUCUUCUCCACGCGCGAGCCGCUGAAACUUAGCCCCCCCCCCUCCACACUAAAGUCUUCACUGUCUCAUUCACGAGGAGCCAGGAGAGAAGCCGUCAACGAAGAGAGCUCUGAAUUCUCCCACACUUUUUAGCAGACACUGAAAGCCCCCUACUCUUGUGUUUCAGUCUGUCCCUCUGUGACUGUGUCACUCAGCGGUUUCUGGGUCCCCGAGCUCCGCUUCUCUCCUCUUCGCGUUUGUAGUUGCCGCCGCCGCCGCCGCUCCUUUCUUCGUCUCCUGCUGCUGCUCCAGGAGUGAAAGAACACAUGAGUGAGGACUGAGCAGAGCAACAUAUUGCCGGCCAUGGAAGUGUGCAGUGUCCGGGGCAGGAGCGGGAUGUACGGGCUGAGAGGGGGACCUGCCGCCUGGUAGCCAGCAUCAGCGUGUCUGUCCCAGAGAAGGGGAGCAUGUCUCAGACCUGCAGGCUCUUCGCUGCAGAGGACUGUCUUUCCAAAAUCUGACAUUUUUUAUUUCCUUUUUUCCCAAUUCACAUCCCUGUAGACUUCACUUGAGCCUGUUUGGCUUCACUGCUUAAGAAAGGUGAGAGGAUCAACGAUGAGCAUCUCUGAGAGCAGCUGGCUUGGACUUUCUUAACAAGAAACUUUAAGUCACCGCACAAACCUGCCACAAAAGCAUUAACACCAGGCGCCAUGGCAUGCUCCCUGUGGAAACUACAAACCCUCUGCUGGUUUCUCAUCACGCUAGCCCAAGUGCACUCCACAGAGGGGUUUAGUCGAGCCGCCCUGCCAUUUGGCUUAGUACGGAGAGAGCUGUCUUGUGAGGGCUAUCCCAUCGAUCUGCGGUGUCCAGGAAGUGAUGUCAUAAUGAUUGAAAGUGCCAACUAUGGCCGAACAGAUGACAAGAUCUGCGACGCCGACCCUUUCCAGAUGGAGAACAUCAACUGCUAUCUUCCAGAUGCCUACAAGAUCAUGUCGCAAAGAUGCAACAAUCGGACACAGUGCAUUGUGAUCACAGGUUCAGAUGUCUUCCCUGACCCCUGCCCGGGGACCUACAAGUACCUGGAGGUCCAGUAUGAAUGUGUGCCCUAUAUUUUUCUUUGUCCUGGGACUCUGAAAGCUGUCGGUGAUCCUUCCUUUCUAUUUGAAGCGGAGCAACAAGCUGGCGCCUGGUGCAAAGACCCACUACAAGCUGGCGACAAAAUCUACUUUAUGCCUUGGACUCCAUAUAGGACAGACACUCUCAUUGAGUACUCCUCCCUGGACGACUUCCAGAACGCCAGGCAGACCAUCACCUACAAGCUGCCCCACCGGGUGGACGGGACUGGAUUUGUGGUCUACGAUGGCGCCGUGUUUUUCAACAAGGAGAGGACCCGCAACAUUGUGAAGUUUGACCUGCGGACUCGAAUCAAAAGCGGUGAGGCCAUCAUCAAUAACGCCAACUACCAUGACACGUCACCCUACAAGUGGGGCGGGAAAACAGACAUUGACCUGGCAGUAGAUGAGAAUGGGCUGUGGGUGAUCUACGCCACGGAGCAGAACAACGGCAUGAUGGUAAUCAGCCAGCUAAACCCCUACACACUACGCUUUGAGGCUACCUGGGACACGGCCUAUGAUAAGCGCUCAGCCUCCAAUGCCUUCAUGGUUUGUGGAGUACUCUAUGUGGUCCGCUCAACCUAUGAAGACAAUGAGAGUGAGGUCAGCAAGAGUCUGAUCGAUUACAUUUACAACACCAAACAGAACCGUGGGGAAUACGUUGAUAUCCACUUUCCCAACCAGUACCAGUACAUUGCAGCAGUGGAUUACAAUCCGCGAGAUAACCAGCUCUAUGUGUGGAAUAAUUUUUACAUCCUGAGAUACAAUCUGGAGUUUGGCCCACCUGAUCCAGCACAUGCACCGCCUCUGUCAGGAGUCACCAUGUCCCCUCAGCCCCAGAGAACUACAACCACCACCACGACAACCACCGCACACUGGGGUGUGGCCAACACCACCACCACAACAGGGCUCAGAGAGGGCAGCAGGGGAGCGCCCAAACCGCCUCCUGUGAUCCCUCAGACUACUUCCCCUCCGCCCCUCGAGUCCUUCCCUCUCCCCCAGCGCUUCUGCGAGGCCACCGAGAACAGAGACAUAAUGUGGCCUCAGACUCAGAGGGGCAUGCUGGUGGAGCGACCUUGCCCCAAGGGAACUCGAGGCACUGCUUCUUAUUUAUGUGUCCUUUCCACUGGGGUUUGGCACCCAAAGGGCCCUGAUCUCAGCAACUGCACCUCCCACUGGGUCAACCAAGUUGCCCAAAAGAUCCGCAGCGGUGAAAAUGCAGCUAACUUGGCCAACGAGUUGGCUAAGCACACCAAAGGACCCAUCUUUGCUGGGGACGUCAGCUCCUCUGUGCGCCUGAUGGAGCAGCUGGUGGACAUCCUGGAUGCUCAGCUGCAGGAGCUCAGACCCAGCGAGAAGGAUUCUGCAGGCCGGAGCUUCAACAAGCUUCAAAAGAGAGAAAGGACAUGCAGGGCAUACAUGAAGGCCAUUGUGGACACAGUAGAUAACCUUCUACGUCCAGAGGCCUUGAAGUCCUGGCAGGACAUGAACAGCACUGAGCAAACACACGCAGCCACCAUGUUACUGGAUACUCUGGAGGAAGGGGCCUUUGUCCUUGCCGACAACCUCAUGGAACCAGCCAUUGUCAAAGUUCCUGCAGACAAUAUAAUCCUGGAUGUGUACGUUCUCAGCACCGACGGUCAGGUCCAGGAUUUUAAAUUUCCACAAUCCAGCAAGGAUGGUAUCUCAAUCCAGCUGUCGGCAAACACUGUUAAGCUCAACAGUCGGAACGGGGUUGCCAAGCUGGUUUUUGUGCUCUACAAAAACCUGGGCCAGUUCCUCGGCACGGAAAACGCCACCAUCAAGAUGGCCAACGAGGCUUACGGACGCAACGUGUCAGUGUCCGUCAAUUCUGACAUCAUCGCUGCCUCCAUCAACAAAGAGUCCAGCCGUGUGUUCAUUAACGACCCGGUGAUUUUUACCCUGAAGCACAUUGAUAUGGAGCGCUACUUCAACCCCAAUUGCUCCUUCUGGAAUUACUCGGAAAGGAGUAUGAUGGGCUACUGGUCCACCCAAGGUUGCAAACUCCUGGACUCCAACAAAACACACACCACCUGCUCCUGCAGCCACCUCACUAACUUCGCCAUCCUGAUGGCACACAGAGAAAUCACAGUAAAGGACAGAGUGCACGUUCUGCUUCUGACUGUCAUCACCCGUGUCGGGAUUGUCGUGUCCCUCGUCUGCCUCACCAUCAGCAUCUUCACCUUCUGCUUCUUCCGAGGCCUGCAGAGCGAUCGCAACACCAUCCACAAGAACCUGUGCAUCAAUCUCUUUAUCGCAGAGUUAAUAUUCCUAAUUGGUAUCGAUAUGACCAAACCCUGGAUUGGGUGUGCCAUCAUCGCAGGGAUCCUUCACUUCUUCUUCCUGGCGUCCUUCUCCUGGAUGUGUCUCGAAGGCGUCCAGCUGUACCUCAUGCUUGUAGAGGUUUUUGAGAGUGAAUACUCAAGGAAAAAGUACUACUACGUGUCUGGUUACCUCUUCCCUGCCAUCGUGGUCGCCGUCUCCGCAGCCAUCGACUACAGCAGCUACGGGACGGAGAAAGCGUGCUGGCUCAGUGUGGACAAUCACUUCAUAUGGAGUUUUAUAGGACCUGUCACCUUUAUCAUCAUGCUCAAUCUCAUCUUCCUGGUCAUCACAAUGUACAAAAUGGUGAAGCACUCCACCACCCUGAAACCAGACUCCAGCCGCCUAGAGAAUAUAAAGUCCUGGGUCAUGGGCGCUUUUGCUUUACUGUUUUUGCUGGGUCUAACGUGGUCCUUCGGUCUCUUCUUCAUCAAUGAAGCCUCGAUUGUCAUGGCAUACCUCUUCACUAUAUUCAACACCUUCCAAGGAAUGUUUAUCUUCAUCUUCCACUGCCUUCUUCAGAAAAAAGUCCGCAAAGAGUACAGCAAGUGCUUCCGCCACACGUACUGCUGCGGUGGGCUGCCAACUGAGAGCUCACACGGCUCUGCAAAGACUUCGACCACACGCACCAGCGCACGCUACUCUUCGGGUACACAGAGUCGUAUCAGGAGAAUGUGGAAUGACACCGUAAGAAAGCAAUCUGAGUCCUCCUUUAUCUCAGGUGACAUCAACAGCACCUCUACCCUUAACCAAGGAAUGACUGGGAACUAUCUGCUAACAAAUCCUCUUCUUCGACCACAAGGCACUAACAACCCUUAUAACACCUUACUGGCUGAGACAGUCGUAUGUAAUACCCCCACGGCUCCAGUGUUUAACUCGCCAGUGACCUACAGAGAGACAAGGCACUCACUGAACAAUGCGGUGAGGGAUACAAGUGCAAUGGAUACACUACCGCUAAAUGGUAACUUUAACAAUAGCUACUCUCUUCGCAACGGGGACUUUGGCGACAGUGUGCAGGUCGUAGACUGUGGCCUCAGUCUGGACGAUGCUGCCUUUGAGAAAAUGAUCAUCUCUGAGUUAGUACACAACAACCUGCGUGCCUGUAACAAAAGUCACCAACAGCAACAGCAGCAGCACCCCAGUUUACAUCAUCCACCCCACCACCAGCAGCACCCGCAGUACCACCAUCAUCACCACGCGGAGCGGGCUCCGCCCAAGGUGACAGUGGUGGGAGGCAGCAGCAGCGAAGACGAUGCUAUCGUCACAGACGCUUCAUCUUUGGUGCACGUUGGUGACACAGUGGGCCUUGAGCUGCACCACCAGCAGGAGCUGGAGGCGCCGCUCAUCCCCCAGCGGACUCACUCGCUUCUGUAUGCACCCCAGAAGAAGGUGAGGACCGAUGGGGGAGUAGAAACCUUUGUCAGCCAGCUGACACCCACCAACCCCGACGACAGUCUGCAGUCCCCAAACAGAGACUCUUUGUACACUAGUAUGCCUAAUCUGAGGGACUCUCCGUUGCCCGAGAGCAGCCCUGACGUGGUGGAGGACCUUUCCCCCUCCAAGAGGAGCGAGAAUGAGGACGUUUACUACAAAAGCAUGCCUAAUUUAGGAUCAGGCCAUCAACUGCAGGCCUAUUACCAGAUAGGCAGAGGGAGCAGUGAUGGUUACAUUAUUCCUAUCACCACAGAGGGCUGUGUCCCUGAGGGUGAUGUACGGGAAGGACAGAUGCAGCUAGUGACAAGCCUUUAAAUGUAUUUAAACAAUCCCCAAACAUCUUCCUGCCCUUUUUGCAGCCCUGACCUCUUUGAGGACACACGAGUGCAGGGAGGUAAAGUGUUUUGUUUUAUUUUUGAAGAGAUCCUAGAGCCUCAUCUUACACACUCGUCAUCUACAAACCCUCCUCCAGCUGCAUCGCCAUCUCCUUUUCCCCAAACAAGCCACUCUUUUUCCUUCCCUCCAGACUUGGUGCACAGCAAUGGCAGUGCAAAGAUUCAAUGAGACUGUACAUAAAAUGCAGAGUUGAAUUUUAAGAGACAAGCCAACUAUGUAUUAAAUGUGCUGCUGCUGUUGAAUUAUUGAGAAAAAUUUAAGGUACAAAAUUUUUUAAAAGAUUAAAAAAAAUAUUACUGGCUACAUCAGAUCAGCAAUUUUCCCAGUGAAAAGGUUGUACAUACACUCCCCAACAUCCUCGUUGAAGCCUGUUUUUUUUUUCUUUUUUUAAUUUGUUCUUUUUAAUUGUAAACAAAUCAAACGCCUCCUGGGCCAGGACGUGGACUUUGUUUGUAAAAUGUUCCUUAUCAGACUGUUAGAGAAGGAAUAUGAGGUCCUGUUUGUCCAGAGUCGCCCUCCAUCACCAUGAAGUUUGGAUUGUAUAACCACUAGCAAUCAAGCCCCUGGCCUUAUAUUUUCUCAACUGUACAUUGAACUGUUGUCAAGGAAAAUGGCUCAAAUAUAUAUUUUGUUGUAUUGCUAGUGUAAAAUUAAAAAAAUCAUGGGAAACCGUAAAUAUGAAGAAACCUUUUAAUUGAAAGUUUAAAGUUUGAGAGACUAUUGUGUAGAAGUUGCACAUAUGUUAUACAGUGUGUUUAUGGUUCCAACUCUUCAUCAUGGUAGUAUGUUUGAGCUUACGAAAAAGAAAGGAGGAUUCAGCCGAUAACAAAGAUGCAUUAUCACUUUUUCCACUUGUGAACAGUGUUUUUUUGCUUAAUGAGUUCCAUUAUACAGCCCAUUAAAAUAUGUCUAUUUGAUUUUGCCAAAGUAUCAUUACUUUAGUAGAAUGGGAAUGAAAACCCCCAGCUGAAAUUAUUUAUGCAUUGCACAGUUUUUAUGUGUAAUUCUGAAUGGCAUAGACGGUCAUAGCAGAGCGAUGGGGGAGCGUACAGUUUCUAUCAUAAAUGUAGUUCUUCCACCUGAGUUUGGACAUUUUUAUUUAUUAAAAUCUUUCCAAAAAAUGAA